CCGCGUCCCCGCGCGCACCUGCCCCGCGCAGCUCCAGGUGUCCCAUCCACGCCGCUGUCACCUGCCGGGGCCGCGGGGAGGACGCUCGGAGAGUCGGAGCGGGCGGAGAUGGACUCGCUGGUCUUUGAGGAUGUGGCUGUGAACUUCACCUCGGAGGAGUGGGCUCUGCUGGAUGGUGCUCAGAGGAACCUCUACAGAGACGUGAUGCUGGAGACCUUCAGGAACCUGGCCUCAGUAGGAGAAAACUGGAAAUGCCAUGGCGUCAAAGAUCAGCACAAGAACCAGGGAACACACUUGAGAUGUCACGUGGUAGAGAUACCCUUGGAAACUAAGGAAAGUAAUCAAUGUGGAGAAACCAACCAGAUUCCAAAUCUUAUUGUGCAUAAGAGACUUUCUACUGGAGUAAAAUGCGAUGAAUACAAUAAAUUUGAAAAAGCCAUCCUGGAUACUUCAUCCCUGCAGAGUCCCAUAGCAUCGCCUCAACGUGGACAAAAACCCUAUCAAUGUAAGGAGUGUGGGAGAACUUUUCUCUGUUACUCAUCCUUUAGGGCACACAUGAGAGCUCACACUGAAGAGAAACCCUACGCAUGUAAAGAGUGUGGAAAAGCCUUUAUGUACUUCUCCAAACUCAGAGUCCAUGUAAGAACUCACACUGGAGAGAAGCCGUAUGAAUGUGGAAAAUGUGGGAAGACCUUCAGGUCUCCCUCAAACCUUUGGACACACAGAGAAACCCAUACUGUGGAGAAACCUUACGCUUGUAAAGAAUGUGAGAAAUCCUUCCCUUCUUCGUCCUCUCUUAGGAAACAUGCGAGGGUUCACAGCGCCGAGAAAGCCUACGAGUGUAAGGAAUGUGGAAAAGCCUUCCUUCAUUCUUUUUACCUGAUCAUACACGCAAGGAUGCACACCGGAGAGAAAGCCUAUAAAUGUGCAGAAUGUGGGAAGGCCUACAGUUGGCCCUCAGACCUUAGGAUUCACGUGAGAACACACUCUGGAGAAAAGCCGUAUGAGUGUAAACAAUGUGGAAAAUCCUUCAGUUCUCCCUCGUCCUUUAAGGGACACUUGCGAACUCACACUGGAGAGAAACCGUACGCGUGUAACCAAUGUGGGAAAGCCUUCAGCAGUCCUUCCUACUUUAGAACACACGUACGGAUUCACACUGGAGAGAAACCCUACGUAUGUCAGCAGUGUGGGAAAGCUUUCAGUUGGUCCUCAUCUUUUCGAGGACAUUUGGGAACUCACAGCAGAGAGAAACCGCAUGAAUGUAAGGAGUGUGGGAAAGCCUUCAGUCGGCUCUCAUCCUUACAGAGACAUGUGAGAAUACACACUGCGGAGAAACUGAAUGUAAGCAGGGUGGGGAAGCCUUUGGUAGUCCCCUAUACUUAAAGAAACACACGCGAACUCUCACAGGAGGAAACACUAUGCCAGUAAGCAAUGUUGGAAGGCCUUCACGCAGAUGCCCUCACUUACUGUGCACAGCAAAUCGUGUACCAUUAGAAAAUCUUUAUAAAGGUCUUAAAUACAGUCUUGGCCUUAUUAGUGCCUUAUUCUUAAAGUAGAGCCCUAUUGCAUUCUUUCUAGUUCUUUCUGAGAAAAACAUCUAGGAGAGAAUUUUCCUUUAAAUAUUACUUUGCCAAGGCUGCGCUAACAAAGUGCCACAAAGCUAGUGGCUUAAAAAACAAAUUCAUUCACUUCCACUUGUAGAGGCCAGAAGCUGGAAAUCAAGGUGUCGUUAGGGUUGGUUCCUUCUGAGGGUUCUGAGGGAGCAUCUGAUCCAUGCCACUCUACUAGCUUCUCUUGGUACCAGCAAUGCUUGGUGCUCCUUGGCUUGUAGAUGCAUCCUUCCAGUUUCUGCCUCCAUCUUUUUUUUUUUUUUUUAAAGAUUGGCACCUGAGCUAACAUCUGUUGCCAAUCU